AUGGGUGUCCCUCGGAGCAGCGGCUGCUCGCUUUGUGUGAAACGCCGAGUAAAGUGUGACGAGAGGGUUCCUGGAUGUGCAAAAUGCGAGACCUACGGGAGACCCUGUCCUGGAUAUGAGCGGGGCUUCAAAUUUGUUGCUGCAAAGCUGUAUCGUUCCCGACGACGACCAAAGACAGAAGAUAGCCCGAACGACGGUGUUGAUCCGACUAGUAUGGACUGCAAUGCAGAUAUCGUCUCGCAGAUUGUGCGUCAGUUGCAAGUCCGGAAGACUGAGCCAAUUUCUCUAUUAUCUGUCGAUUCAAAUGUGAUACAGAGUCUGGAUACUGUCAUUGAAGAGGUCUCUCGGCCGUUUCAUUUAAACUCGGCCUACGUUGUCUCUCGUUGGUUGAAGUUUCUCCCGCUUUUGUACGGACGUAACAGGGCUUUGGAUUCGACUAUUAAGUGCUUUGUUUCGCAUCAUAUUGGUAGUAUCACCCAGAAUAAGCAGGCUGUUUUAUAUGCUAGAUCCGCAUACGUGGAGGCACUAAGGAGGCUACGAGUGUCUAUCGAUAAUCCACUGGAAGGACUUUCCUCGGAAGUGUUCUGCUCUGUUCUGUUACUGUGCAUGUACGAGCUCUUUGCCAAAACAAACGACGCGGACUCGUGGAUGACACAUGCCAAAGCAUUGAGUCAGUUGACUGAAAUUCGAGGAUGCGAUCGCUAUGUCGACGAGUUUGACUUUACCCUACUGAAAGCGUCUCGUGGGCUAAUUGUCAUGUAUUCCCUCUUUUCUGGCCGUCCAUGCUACCUGGCCUCGAAGGAAUGGCAUUUUGUGAUGAAAGGACACGUCAAUACCGGGUUAGAAUUCGGAUUUGACCGCCUUGUGGAAGAUUUCUUUGCCUACUUUACCUUUGCACCGAGUCUCAUACAUGAGUUCUACAGCUUCAAAGAAGCGGACCCAACCGACCCAGCAACGCAACAGAAGAUUUCGAACAUCGUGACUCGAGCUCUCAUCUUGCUGGAUAAGGUGUCUGCAUGGUAUGAAUGUUUCGCCCGGACUGUGCCACUUCCAUACGAGGUCCUGUCGUCUACAGGGGAUACGGUGUUCCCAGUUGUGCUCGAAUAUUCAGACGUUAACAGCGGUACUAUAUUUUGCAGCUACUAUUCCUACACGAUGCUUCUUCAUGAGAUCCUGAAAACGUGCGGCCAUCCUGGCAACCAUGCAGCCAUGAUCGUCUACUUUCGGGAUCUGAUUUGUAUGUCAGUCGAGUAUAAUACUCGCGGGAUCCUAGGGCCGUAUCGAAUGGGGUUCUCCCUACGAGCGGUCUAUGAAACAGCCGACCCUAUAACUAUGGAAUGGCUUAAGGGUUGGUUAGAGCGGCUUUCCAAAGUUUAUGCAGUGGUACAUCCGCAAAACUAUCGGUAG